CCUCCCUGUGCAGUUAGACGACAGCGUUGCUUGCACCUCUUUCUCUAAUUUGAGUGAUGCCUACGCCACCUAACAGGAAACCUGCCUACUGAACAACCUCCACCCCGAAGCUCGCUUUUUUGAUGCAGCAGGAAGCCAGAACAACCCUCAACUAGCCGAGUUGUCACCGUAGCUUAUGCAAUGACGGCUUCUCUAGCGCAUGAUGAUUACACAGUGGCAUGGAUUUGCGCCUUGUCAUUGGAAGCAGCCGCCGCGAAGGCCAUGCUCGAUGAGAUUCAUGAUCCGCUUCCUCAACCGCGUACCGAUUACAACACUUACACGCUGGGUAAAAUAAAUGGGCAUAAUGUGGCGAUUGCCUGCCUACCUUGUGGUGUUUACGGGACAACAUCUGCAGCAACUGUUCUAGCGCAUAUGUUACCAACGUUCCCUUCUCUCCGGUUCGGGCUGAUGGUUGGCAUUGGGGGCGGAGUGCCUACUGGGGAUACUGACAUCAGACUGGGGGAUGUCGUAGUAUGUAUACCAAGAGACCGCUCAGGGGGCGUCAUACAGUAUGACUACGGCAAGACACUGAGUGGUGGACGCUUUCAAUGCACUGGCUCGCUCAACAAGCCUCCCCAAUUUCUGCUGACUGCGGUAUCUGACAUGCGCAGUAACGAUUUUAUGAGGGAGAGACCUAUUGGAGGAAUUAUAUCAGAAACUCUACAGCGUCACGAAGAAAUGACGAAGCAAUUCUCGCGUCCUGACAAAGAUUGGCUUUUCCGUUCGACAUAUCAGCAUCAAAGCAACAGCCGUGAUUGUUCUUUAUGUGAUUGUGCUCAACUCGUACCUCGUUCUCCACGAGCGUCAAACGAGCCACAUGUUCAUUACGGCACCAUUGCCUCUGGAAAUUAAGUUAUGAAAAAUGCCAAGACACGAGACUCUAUUGGCCGAAAGCUGGGCAUUCUCUGCUUUGAAAUGGAGGCGGCUGGCUUGAUGGAUCACCUCCCAUGCUUGGUAGUUCGAGGCAUUUGUGACUAUUGCGAUUCCCACAAACAGAAACAGUGGCAAGGAUAUGCAGCACUUGCUAGUGCUGCAUAUGCGACGGAGCUGCUUCGUGUUUUGAACCGCGCAACGGAGACUGUAGUGCAGCCACAGGCCAGACAAGUAG